GCUCGGUCGAAGCGCGUCUGGCGGCUCGCCGCCGCCGAUGACGUCACGCGAAGCAGAGCAAAACCAUGGAAACGGGCGGGGAAGCCGUCAGUGCAAGCUCUGUCCUCCGUGCCGACGCCGUGCGACACUCCGUCCGACUUCUCGCCGAUCUCGCACAGCGCUGCUUUGCGGCGUCGAGGGCUCGGAGUGCGCCGCCGCCGACGGACUCGUACGCAGCGAAGCCUCGCCCAGUCGCCAGACGCACUCUAGGAGAAUCAAAGGGACGUUGUCUUCAAAUGCCAUUGUCUUGAAGUUUCAAAUAUAAAUAUUUACCAUAAUCUUGAAGGCAAGAAAAGUUAAUUAACAAGCUUUUGAUUUGAACCAAGAUUGAUCUUUGACGUAUUCAGGUGUACAUUUGACAUCUAAUAUAGGACAUAACGACGGAAAUCGGACAUCUACGGUUCCUGAAGCUUUUUGGAGUGUUACUACUUCAGUAAAAGAAAACAUGGGACUACCUAAGUUCAAGAUCAUGCUCCACAGUCACCUGGAAGGACAUUUGCGGCACACCACCAUCUGGGAGCUGGCUCAGGCAAAGAAUAUCGACCUAGGUUACGGAAGUCUUCAAGACAUCAUCCUGAAAACCCAACCGGAGCGAGGGAGCACCCUUCAGAACUACCUCAAGGAGAUGCCGAAUUUUCUCAGGGUUGUGGCGGGCGACCGCGUCGCGCUGGAGCGGGUCGCCUUCGAGGUGGGCGAGGACCAGGCGAACCAGGGCAUUCUGUACAGCGAGAUGCGGCUCUUCCCCCACCUGAUGGCCAGCCAGCACACGACGCUACAGCUGGCCGCGGGACCCACCACUGUCCGCACAGCCGCCGAGGCGGUCGAGGCGGUGCUCGAGGGAUUCAGCCGAGCCGAGAAGGAGCACGGCAUCAUGCUGAGGCUCGUGCUGGCCUGCUUCAGGGACAAGCCCGAGUGGGCGGAGGAAGUGGUCAGCCUGUGCCACGAAUACCGCGAAAAAGGCGUCGUCGGAAUGGACGUGUGCGGAGUGUUCGCGCCCAAGAGGACUGAGACGGAGGGAGAGGAGAUCCUGCACCCUGACGUCAUCAAGGCAUUUCAGAGAGCAGCCACCCUGGGCGUGCACCGGACGGCUCACGCGGGCGAGGCAGGUCCGGCCACCAAUGUCUCCAGGGCCAUCGAAGAACUGCGUACGGAGCGCAUCGGGCACGGCUACGCCGCCAUGCGCGACGGAGGCGCCCCCUUGCAGCUGGCGCUCGAUAGGGGCAUCCACUUCGAGGUCUGCCCCAACAGCAGCUACCUCACUGGAGCCGUGAGCCCCGGAGAGAGGCAUCCCAUGCUCUGUCUACGGGACCACUGCGCUAGCUACUCGCUGAACACGGACGACCCAACCAUCACGCACACGAGAAUCUCGGACGAAUACCAACUGGCGUUGAAGCUGGGAUUCCGGCCCGAUGACAUCCUGGAGUCGAACCGGGCCGCCAUCGAGGCAUCGUUUCUUUCACCGGAGGAGAAGAGGGAGCUACGGAACAAGUUCGAACGACUCAACGCCUCGUCCAGCACGACCUGCUGCUUUUAUGAAUACAGCCCGAAAAAAAGCGUUAAAAAUGGUGACGUUCCACCCAACCAAUUGGGACCGAACAACCCCAUAGUUAGUCACUAAUAUAUGGCGAAGACAACAAAAUGUCUUCGUCAGCGCUAGUCUUCUCGAGAAAAAUAAAUAAAUAAAUAAUAAGAUGUGUGCAGUUACUAGAAACCAGGGCCACAGACGUGUAGGUUUAUGCGUUGCUUUUCUCCGUGUGUUUUGCCGGACGGGAAAUAAUUCACACCGCAAGAAUAAAAUAAAACAUACGUAUUUAAUAAAACGCAUACCCCAGCAA